CAAAAUUCCGUUUUCACUCUUUUUGCUGCAGGCGCGCAAAAUUUCGAAGAAAAUUCCUCUCCCGCUAAACCAUCUCUCUCUUCUCGAUUUCGAAUUUCCUCUCAAUUAUAUGCGUUCCUCUCGGUUCUCGAGUUCAUUUUGACGUCCAAGUUUGAUGUGCAUCAGAUGUACACUAUAGAUCAACAUCUUAUGUUGCCUUUUAAACUCUCUUUUUUGCCACCGAUUGCUUUGCUGCUUUUUUUACUGUCUUCUGGGGUUUUCAAUUUAUUAUGGCGUACUAUGAACCUCCCUCAUUCUCUCUCGGCCUUGAUUUGGAUUUCGAUUUGAACCCCCAAACUCCUUUACCGGAUGAACCCUCUUCUGGCUCUUCGGUGGGUGUCAAUAUUUCGUCCAAACAGGACGAUGGUGGGGUUGUGGAUUGCAUUGGAGAAAUUGGGCAUGAUUUGCCUAGAAAAUUUAAGCGGCUCAAACGUGGGCCAGCUCGUUGUUCUUCGGUAUCCAAGAAAAGGGAAUCAUCACCUUUGCUAUCUGUAGUCGAUGAUGACAUUGAACAGUUUUCAUCCCAAGAAGAUUGUGCUACAGUUUCAAGAGACCAUCAUCCAUCGUCACUCUUCCAAUCUGUCUGUAGUAGUUCAAAGGCAAGGGAAGACAAACAGACUGUAGACGCCCCAACUUCUGUUGGUUUGGAAAAGCAAAAUAAGUCAUUGUUUUCUAAUUUAACCAUCAGUCCUCUUCGAAAGUUCCAGUUACUUGAAUCUGAUUCAGAUGAACCUUCUAGCUGUGACAAUCAAAGUAGAAAAGGGCCUGAAGUCGUUUCAUCUUUAAACAAGCAAAAGGCUACAGUUAGUCUCUCUGCAACUGUGGAUGAGAAAAAGAAAAGUCUGACAGCGAGUAUUACUCAAAAAGAGGAUCUAUGGAAAGAUUUUUGUCAAACGAAAAGUUUUCAUUUGCCAACACCAGCCUUUGAUGAAGUCUGCAAAGAAUUUUCACAGUUGAAGCAGGAUGUUAAAGCAGCUACCGGAUUAGGAAGUAGUGGCCAUAUAAGCUGCAUGGAUAAUCAUACCAUCAAUAGUAGCUGCUCAAGUGAAAUGAUGGAUAAGCUCGGCUGUCCUGCUCAUGACUAUUUUUUUCAUGAAGAUCCAAGGAUUCAAAAGUUGGUUCGCAAUCGCUUACCAAACUUUUUGCCAUUGGGAGUUGAUGGCAACAGAGGAUCGGUGAUUGAUUAUAUGAGACAGUUUAGCAAUGGAGAGGCCUCAACUAGCCGACCUUCACAGGUUACUAGGAAGGAAAGUUCAAAAAGAUCGACAAGUAUGUCAAAAAGAUCUAAGAAUAUCCCUUCCAAAUGUUGGGCCAAUGAGAAAGCUGUUACACCAUUAAGCAGUAAAAGAGCACCCGAAUGGGCAGCAACUCAAAAAAAGAAAAUUGGUAACAGCUCUAGAAAUGUAAAAAGUAAACAAGGGGUGCCGAACUGCGAACUCUUGGAGGAUUCUGGAAACUGGAUUGAUCCAAAGAGCUCUUUUAAUCUUCCUAAAGACGCUGGGAAAAGAAGGGUCCAUGCUGGUGGGCAAUCAGCUGGUCACUGGUAUACAUCCCCAGAAGGGAAGAAGGUAUGGCAGCAAUAUGUUCUGAAGAGUAUACGUCACUAAAAGUGGGGAAGAGUUGACCGGCCGAGCGGCAUAUAGAUUUUACAAACAGGACACUGGAGGCUUUAAGAAGUCAAAAAAGAAAGCAGCCAAGAAGAGGAAAUGAUAAAAGGAUACUGUGCAUGGCUACCAAAACCGCACAAAAGGAUCUUAACCCGAGUGAUUGGUGACCUCCAUGACUUUUCAAGUGCUAAGGUGUUUAUACGCCUUUUAAAGUCAUUCCAAAUAGAAAAUUUUCAUAAUUGGAAUUACUGUUGGUUGUUCCCUUAACAUCAUUUUUCAUAUUAUACGUGUAACAACCCUGUCCAAUCUUAGACCAACUAAUCUGCCAGAGAACAUUCAAGAUUGUUUUAUUGAUUCUUUCACAUUAUGCAUCUGAAUGUUUGAGUGUAAAUCUUACUAAACCAAACUGUUGAAUUUAGGCUUUAAUUCUGAAUGAUCGUCCUGCUAAA